AGACCGUGAAAAUCCAAUCCCAAUAAUUCCCACGAGAGAAGAACGACGAAAUAAUGGAAUACUACUUGUUUCUGGAGUGACGUUUCGUAAGAUCUUGUCUGCAGUGACAGAGAAGAAAGAAGAAUAAAAGAGAAAAAAAAAACAGUCAAAUUAGGUAAGAAGAAGUUAAAGAUUCAGACUUUCAGAAUUCGAUUAUUAGAAAGAAACAAUUUUUAUAUUUUCUCGAUUCAUUUCCCGAUUUUCUCCUUCAUUCCUUCCUCACUUCUUGUUCAAACUUAAAUCUAUAAACAAAACAGAGGGUUUCAUCAAGAAUGCAAAUUUAUACUUCCUGAUUGGUUCUGACGAAAUUUGGAGAAAAUAAAUCGUGGGUUUGAAAUAAUUUAGGUUUUUUAAGAAUGGGUAAUGGAUUUUUUUGCAUGACAAAGAAGGAUAUAAGAGAAUUAGGAGGAUCAAAGAAUAGGAGUAGAAGCAAUGUUGGAAGAACAUCUCAGAGAAAAAUGCCAGCUGAAGAGGAAUUACUUCAUAGAAGAGCACUUUCAAUGGCUAUUCAACAACAUCAGUUAUCUCAAAGAUUUGAAGGUGGUGCUUCAAUGUCUAGAAGACAUGGAUCAGUUAGUUCCAGAAGGCUCAAUCCUGGAGGGGAUUCUCUUGCCAAUGAUAAACAACAGGCAGUAGAUCUUGAGAAUUUCAAAACAAAGAAAUUUGUUCUUGUCCAUGGAGAAGGAUUUGGAGCAUGGUGUUGGUACAAGACGAUUGCCUCGUUGGAAGAAGUGGGUCUGCUUCCUAUUGCCUUAGAUCUUGUAGGAUCUGGUAUUGAUCAAACAGAUUCGAAUAAAGUAGGAACAUUAGCAGACUACUCAAAGCCUUUGAUUAAUUAUCUACGUGAUUUACCCGAGGAUGAAAAGGUUAUUUUGGUUGGUCACAGUUGUGGAGGUGCAAGUAUCUCAUAUGCUUUGGAACAUUAUCCAACCAAGGUUUCUAAAGCAAUUUUUCUCUGUGCUACUAUGGUCUUGGAUGGCCAAAGGCCUUUUGAUGUGUUCGCAGAGCAGCUCGGUUCGGUUGAAAUAUUUCUGAAGGAAUCACAGUCGGUGGUGCAUGCUAAUGGUAAAGACAAGCCUCCUACUAGUCUCAUGUUUGAGAAACAGCAAAUGAAGGCGUUAUAUUUCAACCAGACUCCUACGAAGGAUGUUGCUUUGGCUGCAGUUUCCAUGAGACCGAUUCCUCUUGGACCACUCAUGGAGAAGCUCUCUCUGUCCCCUGCGAAUUAUGGCACUGCAAGGAAGUUCUUCGUUCAAACACUUGAUGAUAAUGCACUCUCAGCAGAUGUCCAAGAGAAGCUAGUAAGGGAAAACCCCCCUGAGGGAAUUUUCAAGAUUAAAGGCAGUGACCACUGUCCGUUCUUCUCAAAGCCACAGUCAUUGCACAAAAUUUUACUCGAAAUUGCCCAGAUCCCAUAGUUCAAGAAAUCCUUAGACAUCAAACACACAUUUCUGGCUUCUUGCGCGAACAGAGCAAGGAAUGUCAGACUCCACAGCUACCAAGGCGGUGUACAUUAGAGAAUGGUGAAAAGUGUCGAUUUUUUAUCCAACUUUGAAUGUCGUCAGUUGUGGGAAUUGAAAAAGAGGUGUCCUAAUUUUUUUCUUCAAGUAGAAAUAAUACUUUAGUUUCGUAGUGAUGGAAAGGGAAGGGAAGCACGAUUAUCCGUAAAGAAGGAAAGGGCACCGCAUAUGGUUUGGAAUUCAUGUUAAUGUUUUACUCAAUAGAAAAAUCAAUUUAAAAGUUUGUUGCAUUUUCAUGGUUCAAA